GGAGCACCUGGAAAUCAGUCAUCGGCGGGGCUCCAGCCUACUGUAGAGCGCUAACCAAACGUUAGCAAUGCGGACGGCGAAACGGGAAAUAAUACGCCUUUAUUUAUUUAUUUUUAUAACCCGAUGUGUUGGGGCUUCAGUAGGGCUUUAAGACCGCGCGCCUUCAUUUUAUGACAAUUUUUUGGGGGUCUGUAAAUCAGGAGAGAAACGGGAUAUAUCCUGAGCUGGGGCCCAUAGUGUCUGGAUAUUUCCUGAGAAAACGAUUACACACAUCCGUGUUCCUCAGCCCCAGUGUUAUGGAAUAGGAAAAAUAAAAGAAUGAAUGCUUGAUUUGAAUCUUUUUCUUUCGCCACCAACUAUUUUCAAGGUCUCUAUCCCCCUCCGGUUACCACGGCCUGUCUGCGGACUUGCUAUGGUGGACUCCAACGCGAUGAGGAAGACUUUUGUAGUCCCGGACAUAAAACCUUUGGAUCUGUAUGAUUGUACCAGGGCAAAAAUAUGCGCAAGUGUGGGAUGGGUCUUGGCUAAAUCUUACGGCAAUGCAGAGCAUGUUCCAGUGGAGUUGCGGGAGCCCUUCUACUGUGACCAGUAUGAGCAGGAGCACCUGAAGCCCCCCGUCACACGCCUCCUGCUCUCCUCUGAACUCUACUGCCGCACCUACGGUCUGCUGCAGGGGGACCAGGGGGGGUCAGGGGCCCCAAAAGACAACGCCACCCUGCUGCAGCUCCUCGCCAACAGGGGCGUGACCCCCAAAGAUCAGGACGUCCCCGUGACUGACGAGGACCUCCGGCAUAAACCAAUCAAAAUGAGUGCCCACCUGGCGGUGAUGGAUGCCCUGAUGUCGGUGGGCGCCAUGGAGACGGUGAGCGCAGUGAGGAUGUCCGGUGCGGCGACAGGGGAGGAGCUUCUGGGCGGAGUGGGAGAAGCCAGCUGGGAGAACACCCUGCUCCACUGGGUGAAUGGGUUGAAUCAGAGGCUGAGAGAGCAAACAGAGGGUGCACUGGGUGACCCGUCUCAGGACAGCACAGAGCCACAGCCUGUCCAGCCUUCAUGUCCCACUCGCUGGUACUGGAAACUUGUCCCUAUCCGCUACAGAAAGGACAAGACGCUGUCCAAACAGAAGCCUACAUUUCCGGUGGUCACUGAAGUCAAAGACCUCUCCAACGGUUGCGCCAUCGCUGCUAUUGUACACUACUACUGCCCCGGCCUGUUGCAGCUAGAGGAUGUGUGUAUGAAGGAGUCCAUGGCGGUGGAAGACAGCCUGUACAACCUGCAGCUGAUCCGAGAGUUCUGUGACAGCUGUCUGAAGAGCUGCUGCCCCCUGGUGUUGGAGGACCUGCUCUACACCCCACAGGAGCUCCAGGUCAACACCAUGAGUUUCCUAGCAGAGCUGCUGGGUUGGUUCGAGGUACGGAGGCCGGAGUUUGUUCAGCCACUGAACACCACUGAUGCUUCUGCAACGCUCAAGCCAACCAGUUUGAGCAAUAACAGCGGCUCUCCUUCCAUCUUCAAGAAGCCAUUCCUGCCCAUCUCCUCACCAGUGUCGCCAGGGCCUGCGCCAGCGUCUCUGACUCAGUCUGCCUCCAUGUCUCAUGUAGAGAGAGCUGGAAGAACAUGGACCAAGAAGCCUUUCAGUCGCCCCCUGUCCUCGGCCGUUUCCUUUAGCAUUCCCUUUGGCCUGGACAGCGACGUGGACGUCGUGAUGGGCGGCGCCAUCACCCGCUCGGUCAGCUCUGAUAACGUGGCCCCCGGCCUGACCAUAACCCGCGUGCCCUACACCCCCCCAGAGGACCUUAGUCACCUGCUCAGCAAGCCCCCCGCCCCCCCCGGCUCCCACAGAGGUUCCUGGGCCACCCAGAGCUCCUCCGUGGUGCCCAUGCUGCUGAAGGAGAACGGCCUGGGAGACGGAGAGGGGGACGGGGAGCUGCCCACCAUCGAGGAGGCCCUGCAGAUCAUCCACAACGAGGACAAGAUGGAGCCCCGGCUCCACCCUGACGGGGCGGCCGACGGAUUCUUCCUGCACUCUCCCGACGACCCGGCCAGCGCCAGACGCAACGGCCGCGCCGCUCACCCCUCCCACCCGCCUAACCCCAUACCCCUCAGCUGCUCCGCCCCGUCUCACUCUGGGAUGAUGUACUACCCCCACACCCCCAUGGGGGGCAAGACGCAGCAACCGAGGGAGCAGCCCUCCUCCACCCCCUCCUCCCGUACCCGACACACCUCGGAGGGCUCGCGGGACGACGACUCGGUGCUGAGGGACGGGAGCGUGGACUCUGACGCCUCUGAGGACCUCCUUCUCCUCCCCAAUGCCCAGUCCACCCCUGCCACGCCUGCUGUCCACGCCAGAAGCUGUGGAGGGGGAGGGGACGCGCCGGACAGUGGUGUGAGGAUGACCAGCUUCGCUGAGCGCAAGAAGAAACCGUCGACAGUGGGCGAAUCACCUAAAAGCGGCGGCGCCAGCAGCAGUGAACCGGUCGCCCCGGCAGCGACAGCUCCGAUGACCAGCUGGGUGGCCCAGCCCCAGAAGUCGACAGAGGAGAGCCCCAGUAAGAGUCCUGGAUUGACCACCGAGAUGUCCGAGCUGGGAGCCCGGCUGGACGAGAAGAGGAAGGCCAUCGAGGCCCAGAAGAAACGUAUUGAGGCCAUUUUCGCCAAGCACCGCCAGAGACUGGGCAAGAGCGCCUUUCUGCAGCUGAAGAAAGAGCAGGGAGUGGGGGAGAGAGCGGAGGAGGAGGGGGGCCAGGUCAGCGCCUCCUCCACAGAGGAGGACCUCAGGGGGCUGACGCUAGACGAAAGGCUGGCUCGCAUGGAGGACGAGGAGCAGCAGGAGGAACGGCGCCUCUCACUGGAGCAGGAGGGGAACGUUAAACCUUCAUCACACCUGGACAACAAGCAGGCCUCCUUACCCAGAAGGGAGAAGGGUGCAGGGGCGGCAGGGCCGGCAGGGCCAGGAGGAGAGCAGGCCGGGGUGGUAGCACGUCAGCCAGCGCCCUUGGGGGACUACAACAAUGCUGUCUCAAAGCUGAAUGCGGCGCUAAGCUCCCUGCAGAGCGACAUGCAGCGCCUCUCCGAACAACAGAACCAACUCAUCAGGAAGAAGCCCGUCGCUCCCGCCGGAAACAAGUCCUGGGUGAUCCCGCCCAGUCUCAAAUCCCAGGCCCCUCCCCCGACCCGCAUGUCCCGCGCGUCCACCCCCCGCGACCUCGCCUCCGCCUCCUCUUCCCCCUCGUCGUCCCGCCGCAACGCAGCCAGUCCCGGCAGAACAUCCAAGUCGCCCCAGGUCCAGCGCCGGGCCCAGUCGGUGCCUCCCAAGAGCCCCAAGCACCAGGCCACCCACUACCACCACGCCCGCCCCCAGGACCUCAAAGUGCCGGGCCUGUCUCGCGUCCUCACCCCCCCACAGAAUGUGGACACUAUCCCCCACCUGCGCCGCGCCUCCCCCUGGCAGUGCCGGGACCAGAACUCCUCCACCUUCAACAUCAGCUCUGCCCCCAGCCCUGCCUCCACCCCAACACCAACCCCCACCCCCCGGGCCCUGUCGCUGGCCCUGGAUGACAACAUGUCGGACGCCGGCUCGAACGAGGACCAGAGCAUCUUCAGCAUCGACCUGGAUACCGCCACAUCUCAGGCCUCGGGGAGAAAGGAACAUGGGGGUGGAGGGAGCUCGGGGGCUCCCUCUGAGUGCUCGUUUGAGAGUGACGUUCCGGCUGCGGGGGUGUUUAAUGGCAAGCGCAGCAGCCUGAUCGAGAUUUCUCUAUCGGCCUUGUGCGGGGACGCGGACGAGGACGACCUGAGUGUCAUGGACGACUCCAUGAGCGACGUGACCGAACCCGAGAUGAAGGGAGGGGUCGGCUUCUUCUUUAAGGAUGACAAGGUGCGGCCGGAGGACGAGAUGGCCCAGAGGAAAGCAGCCCUGAUGGAGAAACAGCGGAAGAGGGCGGAGGAGAUGAAGAGACGCAGACUGGAGCAGGAGGAGAAGCGAGAGAAAGAGCAUGCGAUCCGACCUGAGUGGUUUAACAUCGAGGGCUGGGGAGACAAGUGUGGUGGCAGUGGUGAGGACCGGACCCCAGGUACUCCCCCAUCGGAGAGCACGAGCCAGCGGAGAGACACCUUCACCAGGCAGGAGUACGAGCGGAGGCAGCAGCUGAAGAUCAUGGAGGAUCUGGACAAGGUGUUGCGGCAGAAGCCCACCACGGUGCGCGGCGUGAAGAAGCAGAGACCCAAGACCAUGUUCCGGGACGACUCGGUGCUUUCCCGCAGCCCCGCCAAGGGAUUCAUGGGCUCCAAACUCAACAAGGUCUAUUCCCACUCUACUAUGAACCUGUCAUCAAUGGCUAACGACACUGGCAACAGCGGGACACUGACCGUCAGGAAAUCUCCCAGCCGAUCUCACUCCCCCUCAAGGCUGAUGUCACCGGGACGAAUGGCCAAUCAGAACGGAGAGAAGGACUGGGAGAACGCCUCCACGGCCUCGUCUCCCGCCUCCAUCCCAGAGUACACCGGUCCCAAGCUGUACAAGGAGCCCAGCUUCAAGUCCAACAAGUUCAUCAUCCACAACGCCAUCUCCCGCUGCUGCCUUGCUGGCAAGGUCAACGAACCGCAGAAAAACAAGAUUGUUGAGGAGAUGGAGAAGUGCCAGGCCAACCACUUCCUCAUCCUCUUCCGUGACUCCAGCUGUCAGUUCCGGGCCGUCUACACCAUGAACCCAGAGACCGAGGAGAUGGUGCGCCUAACGGGCAUCGGGCCUCGCGUCAUCAGCCCCGCCAUGGUGGAGUCCAUCUACAAAUAUAGUUCGGACCGCAAACAGUUCACCACCAUCCCGUCCAAGACCAUGUCCAUGAGCGUCGAUGCCUUCACCAUCCCCGGGCACCUGUGGCAGAGCAAGCGCCCGGGCACCCCCAAGAAGCUGGGCACCCCCAAAUAAUAACGAGAAUGUCUCAAUGAUGGAGGUGGUGAUGGGUGGGGGGAGGAAGGAGGUGGACAUAUGUAAAUCAGGGGCCCCUACUCUUCCCCCAGUCAACCCACCCCCCCCACCCCCCCACCCC